AUGUCAUCAGUUGUCACAUUAACUAAAGAGUCUCAUAAAAAUCCUACAAAAUUUAGAAUCAAUUAUCAAGAUGUUAAAGAUGUUUUAGGACCAGAAGAAAAAGCAAGAUAUAGCAUUAAUGAAAAUUUACCAACUAUAUAUACAUCAUCAAAAGUUGGUAUUAUUGGAGCAGGAUUUGCAGGUAUUGGAAGUGCUAUAAAAACUAUAGUUGAUUUAAAAAUUGAUGAUUUAACUAUAUUUGAGAAACAUGAUAAUUUUGGUGGUACUUGGUAUGCAAAUACUUAUCCUGGUUGUGCUUCUGAUAUUCCUGCUUUAUGGUAUUCAUUUUCUUAUGAAUUAACUUCAAAUUGGUCAAGAGUUCAACCUCCACAAUAUGAAAUGGAAGAAUAUAUUUUAAGAGUUACUGAUAAAUAUAAAUUAAAAGAAAAAGCUAAAUUUGAAACUUUUAUUGAUAAAUCUGUAUUUAAUAAUGAUACUGGAUAUUGGACAUUGCAUGGUCAUUAUAUUAAAUCAGGUCAAAAAUUUGAACAUAAAUGUAAAAUAUUAUUAAGUUGUUCUGGUGGAUUGGUUGUUCCGAAUCAAUUAAAAGCUGAAGGUUUAGAAAAUUUUAAAGGUAAUUAUAUACAUUCAGCACUUUGGGAUCAUUCAGUUGAUUUUAAAGGUAAAAAAGUUGUUGUUGUUGGUAAUGGAUGUUCUGCAAAUCAAGUUGUUCCUGCAUUAUUAAAUGAUCCUCAAUAUAAUGUUAAAUCUAUUUUUCAAAUUGCAAGAUCAAAACAUUAUAUUAUGCCUCCAGUUCCAAAAGUUUUAUUUUGGUUAUACAGAUUAUUAAGUUUUAAUUAUUAUACUUUAUUAUUGGUUAGAUUUAUAGUUAUUUUCAUCGCUGAAUUAAGAGUUCCAUUAUAUAAAGGAAAUGGAAUUUUAGCAAAAGUUGUAAGAUGGAUUAAUACAAAAGUUUCAACUCAUUAUAUGAAAAAGAAUAGUCCAAAAAAAUAUCAUGAUAUUAUAAUUCCAGAUUAUAAAAUUGGUUGUAAAAGAUUAAUUUUUGAUUAUAAAUAUGUUACUGCAUUAAAUGAUCCAAGAAUUGAUGUUACAAAUCAUAAUAUACAAAAAGUUGUUGAAAAUGGUAUUAUUUUAGAUAAUGGUGAAUUUGUUGAAGCUGAUAUUAUAGUUGCAUGUACUGGUUAUGAUCUUAAUAAAUCUUUUAGAUCAACAGUUGAAACAACAGAAGGUUAUUCAGUAAAUGGUAUAUGGGAAAAAGAAGGUCCAAGUGCUUAUCGUACCCUUAUGGUUAAACAUAUGCCUAAUUUAUUUUUAAUUGGUGGUCCAAAUUCAGCAACUGGUCAUUCAUCAGUUGUAAUGGCUAUUGAAAAUGGUAUUGAUUAUUAUUUAAAAGUUGCAAAACCAGUUUUAGAAGGUAAAGAUAAAUCAGUUGUUGUAAAACCUGAAGUUUAUGAUGAAUGGUUUUCAAAUAUUCAAAAAGAAUUACAAAAAUGUGUUUUUGGUACUCCUUUUGGUGGUUGUGUUUCUUGGUAUGCUAGUUCAGGUAUUAAUCCAACUGCUUAUGCUUGGACUCAAAUGCAUUAUUGGUAUAUUACUCAUUUUCCAAAUUAUAAAGAUUUAAUUUAUAAACCAGAAGAAAAUAAAAAAUUAAAAUAA